AUUAUACUGAACAGCGUGUGUUCAACUGAAAAUUGCAACAUUCUGUUAUUGAAUAAGUGUCUGUGUCUAAAGGAGAUCCAAAUUCUUUUUUCUUAUCUGUCAAUAUUGAAUUGUUUCCAGGUUAAGCUUCUUUUGGAAAUGCUUGUCAAGAAAUGUGGCAUUGAUGCUGUUAAGGCUGUAAUGCCAGAAGAACACAUGAGACUCCUUACUAAUAUAAGAAAGAUCAAGGAGCGGACAGAGAGAAAAUUUGCAGUUAACCCUGAGGAAACCAGAUCUCAUUUUUCUAAAGCAACUACUUCAAGGCUUAGCCGAUGGAAUCAUACAAAAAUAUUUUCCGAUUUUGGUGACGAAGACUCCGAGAACAGUGAUGCAGAAUACAUGGAUACAAAGACAGUUUCUGGUCGACGGAGCAAGGCUUCCUCACAGCUAAAGUCCAAAGCAUCAUCAUUAAGGGUCCAGAAAAAGCGUAAAGCAGAUAAGAGCUUGCCAGAAGAUUUGUUUGACCAGUUAGAAGAUGAGCCACUUGACUUACUUGAUCGGCAGAAAACAAGGUCAGCUCUUAGAUCAUCUGAGCAUUCCAAGAGAAAGUCAGAAUCAGAUGAUGAUCUGGAGAUAGACUCUGAGGGGCGCUUGGUGAUUCAUGAGGGAGAUAAACCAAAGAAGGUAUUGCAUUCAGUCCCUGAUUCAGAUGCAAGGAGUGAAGUAGGCAGUAUUAUGUCUAUGAACUCCACAAGGAAAAACCAGAAACGUGGGAAAACGUCUGAGUCUGGAUGGGCAUACACUGGGAGUGAGUAUGCUAGCAAGAAGGCAACUGGGGAUGUGAAGAGGAAGGGCAAGCUUGAACCGUAUGCUUAUUGGCCUCUUGAUCGCAAGAUGAUGAGCCGUAGACCAGAGCAUCGGGCAGCUGCUCGGAAAGGUAUGGCUAGUGUGGUAAAUAUGGCCAAAAAACUUGAAGGGAAGAGUGCGUCGACUGCUCUUUCAUUGAAACCCAUAAAUUUUAAGAGUCAAAAGAAAGGCAGCAAGAAAACAAGGAAGUAAAAGACCAUAUACACUGUGAUGAAAUUGGUUGGGAGAUAUGCAUUCCGGGUCGUGAAGAUUUUUGUUAAUAAAUUAUACUAAGUUAUAGGCAUUGGGUUUUUGGAAAUUCAUGUAUCGGAUAGUACAAUGCUGUGUAUAUAAUUACAGAG